AUGUCUCUGCGCGGACAGCCUCUGCUCUCAUCCCUGCUGCGCCAGCGCUCCACCACCAGCGACAGCUUCGCCAGCAUCACCAGCUUCGUCGCGGCCACCACCCGGCGCUUCAAGUCUGGCGCUCCGUCUCCCGCCGUCCUUGCUGCUCGCUGCUCGGCCAGGGACGUCGUCUUGCGGUCGAAGCAGUCGAGCAGCAGCAGCCUGGGAAAGGCCUUUGCCUUCCGGGCGUACUCUCACCCUCGUGCUCAUCAGAGCAACAGCUGCAGCUACGCUCAUGGACAGUUGCAGCUACGUGGAUUCUCGACCGGCAGCAGCUCCAAGCUGGUCGACGUCAAGAAAGUGCUGGUCAUCGGCAGCGGAGGCCUCAGCAUCGGCCAGGCUGGUGAAUUUGACUACUCUGGAUCCCAAGCGUUGAAGGCAUUGAAGGAAGCUGGGGUGAGAUCGGUGCUGAUCAACCCCAACAUAGCAACCAUCCAGACAGACCACAAGCUCGCCGACGAGGUCUACUACCUGCCCGUCACCCCGGAGUAUGUCACCUAUGUCAUCGAGCGCGAGCAGCCGGAUGGCAUCUUCCUCGCCUUCGGAGGCCAGACGGCUCUCAACCUCGGCGUCCAGAUGAACCGCAUGGGCAUCUUCGACCGCUAUGGUGUCCGCGUCCUGGGUACCUCCAUCAAGACCCUUGAGACCAGCGAGGACAGAGACCUCUUCGCCAAAGCACUGAACGAGAUCAACAUCCCCAUUGCUGAGUCCAUUGCCGUCAGCACGGUGGAUGACGCCCUCGAAGCUGCCGGCAAGAUCGGAUACCCCAUCAUCGUUCGCUCGGCCUAUGCAUUGGGUGGGCUCGGCUCCGGUUUCGCCAACAACCCGGACGAGCUGAGGGAUCUCUCCUCUCGCUCUCUCACCUUGGCUCCCCAGAUCUUGGUCGAGAAGUCGCUCAAGGGCUGGAAGGAAGUAGAGUAUGAAGUCGUCCGUGAUGCAAGCAACAACUGCAUCACCGUCUGCAACAUGGAGAACUUUGACCCGCUCGGCAUCCACACCGGUGACAGCAUCGUCGUAGCACCCAGUCAGACCCUCUCGGAUGAAGAGUACCACAUGCUGCGUACCGCUGCCAUCAAGAUAGUCCGUCAUCUCGGCGUUGUCGGAGAGUGCAACGUCCAGUACGCCCUCCAGCCAGACGGGCUAGACUACCGUGUCAUUGAAGUUAAUGCUCGUCUCUCUCGUUCCUCUGCCCUUGCUUCCAAGGCCACCGGAUACCCGCUUGCAUACACCGCUGCAAAGAUCGGACUGGGCCAUACCUUGCCUGAACUGCCCAAUGCAGUCACCAAGACCACCUCGGCCAACUUCGAGCCCAGUCUCGACUACAUCGUCACCAAGAUACCCCGAUGGGACCUCAGCAAGUUCCAGCACGUUAAGCGUGACAUCGGCAGCUCCAUGAAGUCGGUCGGAGAAGUCAUGGCCAUCGGCCGCACCUUUGAAGAGUCCUUCCAAAAGGCCAUCCGCCAGGUCGACCCUCGCUUCAUCGGCUUCCAGGGUGACAAGUUUGAGAACCUCGACGAAGUGCUGGCUGAACCGACAGACCGUAGAUGGCUCGCUGUCGGCCAGGCCAUGCUCCAUGAAGGUUACUCCGUCGACCGCGUCCACGAGCUCAGCAAGAUAGACAAGUGGUUCCUCUACAAGCUGCAGAACAUCGUCGACAUGCACAAGUCUCUGCAGGCCGUCGGUGGCGUCUCCUCCUUGCAAAAGGACCUUCUGCUCGAGGCCAAGAAGAUGGGCUUCUCAGACAGACAGAUUGCGCUCUGUCUCGAUGCCACCGAAGACCAAGUCAGAGCCUGCAGAAAGAGCUUCAACAUCCACCCCUGGGUCAAGAAGAUCGAUACCCUCGCCGCUGAGUUCCCGGCUGACACAAACUACCUCUACACCACCUACAAUGCCUCCUCGCACGACGUCACCUUUGAAGACAAGGGAACCAUCAUCCUCGGAAGCGGUGUCUACCGCAUCGGAAGCUCCGUCGAGUUCGACUGGUGUGCUGUCAACGCUACCUUGUCCCUGCGCAACAUGGGCAAGAAGACCGUCAUGAUCAACUACAACCCCGAGACUUACUCUACAGACUUCGACACCGCAGACAAGCUCUACUUUGAAGAACUCAGCUACGAACGUGUCAUGGACAUCUACGAGCUCGAAAGUGCUUCCGGAGUCGUCGUCUCCGUCGGUGGGCAGCUUCCCCAGAACAUCGCCCUCAGACUCCAGCAGACAGGCGGCGCAAACGUCCUGGGAACCAACCCAGAAGACAUCGACAAGGCAGAAGACCGCCACAAGUUCUCUCAGAUCCUCGACAGCAUCGGCGUCGACCAGCCGGCCUGGAAGGAACUCACCUCCUUCGAAGACGCCGAAGCCUUCGCCCUGGAAGUCCAGUACCCCGUCCUCGUCAGACCAAGCUACGUCCUCUCCGGCGCAGCCAUGAGCGUCAUCUACAACAAAGACGAGCUCAGAGACAAACUCCUCUCCGCCUCCUCCGUCUCCCCCGACCACCCCGUCGUCAUCACCAAAUUCAUCGAAGGCGCAGAGGAAAUCGAUGUCGACGCAGUCGCUUCCCAGGGCUCUCUCAUCCUCCACGCAGUAAGCGAACACAUCGAACCAGCAGGCGUACACUCCGGAGACGCAACUCUCGUCCUCCCGCCCGCCAACCUCGACGCAUCCAUCAUGGCCCGCGUGAAAACCAUCGCUGAAAAAGUAGCCACUGCCUUCUCCAUCACAGGCCCCUUCAACAUGCAAAUCAUCAAAGCCAACAACCCAUCCAACCCCACCGAGCCUCUUCUAAAAGUCAUCGAAUGCAACCUCCGCGCUUCCCGCUCUUUCCCCUUCGUCAGCAAAGUCCUCGGCACAAACUUCAUAGACGCCGCCACGCGUGCCCUGGUAGGCACCGACGUCCCACCACCCACUGACCUCAUGGCUCAAAAACGAAACUACCUCGCUACCAAAGUCCCUCAGUUCAGCUGGACCCGUCUCGCAGGCGCCGACCCGUUCCUCGGCGUCGAAAUGGCAAGCACAGGCGAAAUAGCCUGUUUCGGCAAAAACCUCGUAGAAGCAUACUGGGCCUCGCUACAAUCCACCAUGAACUUCCGCACCCCGCAGCCAGGCGAAGGCCUACUGUUCGGCGGCGACACAUCCAUGUCCGAGCUACCGCGUAUAGUAGACUACAUACACCCACUAGGCUACAAGCUAUUCGUGGCGAGCGCGGAAGUGAAGACGUUCCUUGAGUCUAGCGCCAAAUCAACUGGCCUGGAUAUCCAGAUCAUCGACUUCCCGAAACAGGAUAAGAGGGCGCUGCGUGAGGUGUUUGAGAAGAAUGAUAUACGUGGUGUAUUCAACAUUGCGAAAGAGAGAAGCACGCAUUUGCUGGAUGAGAACUACGUUAUGCGUAGAAACGCGGUGGACUUUGGCGUGCCACUUUUCAUGGAGCCGAAGACUGCGCUGCUGUUUGCGCAGUGUAUGAGUGAGAAGUUGCCGCGGAAGGAAGGCAUUCCGUCCGAAGUCCGUAGCUGGUCGGAUUUCGUGGGAAGGAAGUUGAUUUAG